GCCUUGUGCAUUCCACCAUUCCAUGCUUCGAUGCCAGUUGACAUGCAGCAUUCACAGGGCCGGUGCCUGUAUGAACCAGGCCCCAACCAGCCUGCACGUGGUCUUGUUCCCUGUGCUAACCCCAUGUACUCUGACCCCUCCCUGAUACGAAAUUCCCCUCAUCGAAACCAUCCCUGUGAUGGACAGACACUGUUCAACUCCUGUAUGGAAGCUCGGUACCCUAGGCCACCACAUGGACAGUCUACUUCCCGGAUUGUGGCAGACGGCCUGAGUGAUACCAUUUAUUGCCAGCAGUCAAACCUGAUGCCCACCCAUACUGGUUUUGGGCUGGGUCAAUUCAGCAAUGAGCACAUGAGCAGCCUUGAGGGCUGCCGCUUUCCAUCCCCCAGGAACUCAGUAAAGCUAAGCAAAAAGCGUGCUCUGUCAAUCUCCCCGCUGUCAGAUUCUAGCAUUGAUCUCCAGACUAUGAUUCGAACAUCACCAAACUCUUUGGUUGCUUUUCUCAAUUCCCGAUGUGGCUCUGUUAAUGGGUCCUAUGGACACCUAUCUGUUGGAGCUAUCAGCCCUUCUUUUGGAUUUUCAAGUUCCAUGAAUCAUUCCAAAAUCCAAGGUUCUUCCUGUAGCCACCAGCCCCAUAUUGGCAGUAGUCUCCAUGAGCAGGUGCCUGGACGAAACACAGCUCUCCACUACCCACAGGCUCCACACUCCAUCAAGCAAUGUCAGCUGAAGGUUGAGCCUCGCGGCUGUGGUGAUAUGGACGCCAAGUGUAUAGAAGAACGCUCUGAUGGAGAUGUGUCCAGCCCUGCUUCUACUGGGACUCAGGAUCCAUUGCAUGGAAUUCUAGAUGGACGUGAUGAUCUGGAAAAAGAUGAUGGGAAGCAGGAAGCAGAGGUGGUUUACGAAACAAACUGCCAUUGGGAGGGUUGCAGUAAGGAGUUUGAUACCCAAGAUCAACUAGUACAUCAUAUCAACAAUGAGCACAUACAUGGGGAGAAGAAGGAAUUUGUGUGCCACUGGCAGGAUUGUUCCCGUGAGCAGAGACCCUUCAAGGCCCAGUACAUGUUGGUGGUCCAUAUGAGAAGGCAUACUGGCGAGAAGCCUCACAAAUGUACAUUUGAAGGUUGUAAUAAGGCCUACUCCAGGCUUGAGAACUUGAAAACCCACUUGAGGUCUCACACUGGGGAGAAACCAUAUGUCUGUGAACAUGAGGGUUGCAACAAGGCCUUUUCUAAUGCAUCAGAUCGGGCUAAACAUCAGAACAGAACACAUUCCAAUGAAAAGCCAUAUGUGUGUAAGAUUGCUGGAUGCACGAAACGAUAUACAGAUCCCAGUUCCCUUCGGAAGCACGUAAAAACUGUGCAUGGGCCUGAAGCACAUGUUACAAAGAAACACAGAGGGGAUACUAUUAUGAGACCACCAAUGUCACAGGAUGGGAUGAGACCAUCCAUGGGAGCCAGCUGUGAUGUGAAACCUGGAAAGGAGAGAGGGCAGUCUGACAGCAACAAAGAUGACAUCAAGUUACAGAUGCCAGAUGUUGUUUUGAAGUCACAGCCCAGUCCUGGUGGGCAAUCGUCCUGCAGCAGUGAGCGGUCACCUUUGGGGAGUGCAAACAAUAAUGACAGUGGAGUAGAAAUGAAUGCCAACCCUGGAGGAAGCUUUGAGGACCUUACAAACCUUGAAGAUAUCCCCUCUGUCGAGUUGAUUGUUUCACCCACCAUACAAACAUCAGCACUCAAGAAACUUGAAAACCUGAAAAUAGACAAACUGAAGCAAAUUCGAAAACCAACCCCACCUUGUAAGAAUAUUAAGUUGCCCCAUAUUCAGGGGAACGAUACUGAAGGGGGAGUUUCAGUUGUGUAUGGUUCCCUCCCUGGGCAUCCUGGCAAUCGAAGUGAGCUAGCAACUUUGAAUCAGCUGAAUGAGAGACGUAACAGUACAACCAGUACCAUGAGCUCAGCAUACACAGUCAGUCGUCGAUCUUCAUUGAUCUCUCCUUACCUAGCUAGUCGGAGAUCAAGUGAGGUUUCUCAGCCUGGAGGUCUCCCAACCAGUGGAAGUGUUACUGAUUUGUUUGAUCAUGUCUCCCCAGAAGCAUCCAGACGUUCUAGUGAAGCAAGCCAGUCAGGGGGCUUCCCAGGUUUGACCAAUCUCACACCAGCACAGCAUUACAGACUAAAGGCAAAGUAUGCUGCAACAAUUGGUGGGCCACCUCCAACCCCACUGCCGAACAUGGAACAAAUGGGAAGCUUCUCUAGAGCAAGUUUUCCAGAAUUCCAUGGUUCUACAUUGCCACCCUUUCCAGUUAGUGGGGCCCCUCGAAGAAGUACUGCUAAUGAACACUGCAGUUAUGGAACUGGCAUCUUUCGCCCUCAUCAAGCACCUGGAAACAGUACAAGGAGAGCCAGUGACCCCAUUAGAACAUGUGCUGAUCAGCAAACAGUACAUAAAGUGCAGCGUUUCAACAGUAUGAGCAAUGUGAACAUGGCUACAGUGGGGAAGCAUGUUGCUUUGCAGAACUUUGGUGGCUCAGAAGCCAGCAUUCACAGACAUAUGUUUUCCCCAAGACCACCGAGCAUCAGUGAAAAUGUCCUCAUGGAAGCGAUGAGUUCAGACUGUGUAAACCAGAAUGAGGGCACCUUGGGUAUGCCCAGCGAUGCAGGGACAUACCUGAACUACCAAGGGACUGAUAUGGCCUCUGGAACUGAUCAGAUGAAUUUUCACUGCCAAGCACAGGGAUUCCAUGGGAUGGAAGUGCAGAAUCAUAAUAUCUAUGGCAACCCACAAAAACAGAUGGAAAACCCACCAAUGAACUCAGUGCAUCAAGGAACAUUGCCCAGUAACAUAGCACACUCACAUUACAGCCCAAACCAAUGUCAAAUGAAUUCUUCUAGUCAGCAUUUUCAAAAUCUUGGGCAGAUGAAUGAGAGUAAAAACAUUCAACUUCAGUGGAAUGAGGUAUGUUCUGGAAACAUUAACAUUGCAGAAUCCCAUCCAAAUCAACUUAUGAUGCAGUCAGAUAUUGUCCAGGGAAAUCAGUGCCACAAUCCAUAUACAGAUCUGAACCAAUCACAGCAGUCUAAAACAAACUACACAUUAAACACCAAUGUAGUAAUGAAUGGGCAAAAUCAGCAAAACAUGUUUAGCGGCACUCAGAGACUAAGUCAUAUGCAUCAGCAGCUGCAAAUCAAACCAGAACAACAGUUCCACCAAUCAGCACCAGGCAUGAGUUCAUGUGAGAAUAUGAAACCAUCAGUUUCCCAGCCACAAGGCUUUGGACAGCAAAAUCAAACAUCACUGAGUCCAGGUAGAGUGAGCUGUGAAUACCAAGGACAGGCAGACUGCCAGCAGCCCUCUUGUUUUAAUAUGGGAGUGAGUUCAGGUGUUCUCGGGUCUCCUCAUGGAAGAAGACCCCAGACACCCAUGAUGCAAGUAAAAGAGAUGAUGGUUCGAAACUAUGUACAAUCACAACAGGCCCUUCUGUGGGAACAGCAGCAGAAGAAUGAGAUGCAAAUGGGUCUGAAUAUGGAAACUAUUGAUACUGGUCAAGAGCAGGUUCUGCACCAGCCAAAGUCUCAAGCUUAUAUGAGUGAAAGGUACAUUAGUUACCAGCCUAAGGUGGCACAAGGAAACUUGUUAAGUCCUAUACCUCAGGAAGGUCCCAGUCACCCCAAAGCUGUGCUGAGCCCAAACAGUCAGUGCUUUUCUAAAGAUCUGGUUCCUCAUCCUCCAUCCACCCCCAAAUCAAUGAGUAGACAGAACAGUAUGACCACUCAGUCAAGUUACAUGGGAAGCCCGUCUCAGCUCAGCCCUUCAACUGAACAUUCAUCUGUUAGCCCCAGGCAACGAGUUCACCUUCCUCCUAUUCAACACUGUCAACAGGUACCAGAUAGAACAAAUGUUAUGUAUUACUCAGGGCAGAUCCAGCUGCAUCAUGGGAAAUCAGUUGAUUCCAAGCAUGUGGAUUCCCAAGCUAUGGACCGUGCCAGCUGUAGUAAUCAGCAGCACAGCCAGUUCUGUGGCAGUAUGGCACAUGUGAAAGUUGACUCCAUACCAUAUACACAGGCAGGACAAGUAGCAAACUCAUUAGACUCUCUGGACCUAGAAAGUACUCAGAUUGAUUUUGCAGCAAUCAUUGAUGAAGGAGAGCCUGCACCCUUAGGUAGCUUGAGUCCAAACAUUCUUCAGAACACUUCCCAGACGUCAUCUCGCCUUACAACGCCAUGUGGGUCAGUGACACUGCAGUCAGGCACAUCCAACAUGGCAGUAGGGGACAUGAGUUCCAUGCUGACAUCACUGGCUGGUGAAAACAAGUUCCUUAACACAGCAUCUUAAAGUAGGGGAUAUGAACAAAUGAGGCUUGCUGCAUGAAGGGAAUGGCCCUAAAGAUUUGACAUUUUGUGCCUUGCUAGGCUACAGUUACGACUGCAGCAACCAGUUUCUGAAAAUGUAAGCUUGAAAUGGUACAAUUCAUAUUGCAGUCCAGAAGGUACAGGCUAAAUUCCUUCUGUGAUAGGCUUGACUAUUUUCUACCGCUUUGUAAAUUGCUGUGCUGUUGUUACUUGCAUGUAUUCUAUACUCUGUGCCAUAGUUGGUAUGAGAUGAUGUGUGCUUUAAGUGUACAACCUUCUGUCUGAAGAAGUCCAGUAUCAACAUUAGAGCAGUUUUCAUCUUUAACAAAUUAAACUAAUUUUCUAAUACAUAGCCAGGGAUAAUGAAGGAAUUCCAAAAAGUGGUUAAAAUCAGGUUAUGGUGUUGAUAGCAGUGCCUUCAAACAUACUCUCUGAAGCCUUAAAAUGUGACCAAUCAUAACCUCUUUCCCGAAUCAAUUUCACAUUCUAUCACUUAGAUUGUUUAGCUGCUAGCCUGGUGCUACAAGUAGUUGCAAGAAUAUGUGGAAGGGGAAUCAGCAAUAAUAAAAAUAUUUAUGUUGAAAUGUAUUUGUGUGACUUAUCAGUGUUUUUUACUGGAUAGCAGUGGUUACAAUUAGCUUUCAACAUGCAGUUGUAUGAUCUCAGUUCCUGUGCCUUCUGCCCACUUUCCUCAAAGGCAUGUUGCCACUGCAUGGUUGCUGUGCUAUGUGACCAUAACUAAAUAGCUAAAUGCAAAAGUAACACAAUGUAUUGACUCAAUUUGUUA